CCUCUCUUCUCUCAGUACUACUCCUUUUCAUGCUCUGUUUUCUUUACUAUUUUCAUUUAUAUUUUUUAAAAUCUUUUGCUCUCUCUCUCUUUCUUUCACUCAAAGACAGAUACUGGCAUUAGCUUAUGAGCAUCAAUUGGUCUCUCUAUGGGUUUGUCAUGUGGGGAGCAUGAUGGUGGUAAGAGAGAAAGUGAAGUUGCAUUAGUAGAUGAGAUCAGACAAAGGAGUAGUCAAAGUCAAAUGGAUCAUAUGCAAAUUAAUAGUGUAUCUGUAGAAUUUGAUGUUGAUUUUUGGCCAGUUGAACACCCAAUGGAGCCUCAAGAUGAAGAUCGCCCUGUCAAAUGUCCAAUACCAACAUCUUCUGUUCUCAAUGAUGGGAGAGUGCAUGAGGAGAGAAAUGGUGAAAGCUUGAGGAAAAGAGCAGAGGUUUCAACAAUGGUGAACAAAGAAGGGAUUGUUAUUGUUGGUGCAGAGCCUCCAGUUGGAGCAGUGCGUAAAAGACACCAUACUCUUACCAAUGGAGAUCAUGUUAUUACUCCUUUAAGAAGAAUGCCUUCUCUUCCUCCUCUACCAGCCCAGAAUGUCACUAUCUUUCAAAUGCUUCAGCAAUUAGAUGAGUUUGAGUGUUAGAAUGGUGCGUAUAUAUAUAUAAAUUGAGUUUCUAUUUCUUAUCCUUUCUUUCUUAUGUUGUUGUUUUUAAUUCGUUCCUUUACGGAGUGAUGAGAACAUUCUCUUCUUGAUUAGAUGAUAAUUUAGCUUCAACAGAGAAGGGGGAAAAAAAAAAAAAAAAAAAA